UUCCCACUCAGAAGUAUAUUGGGAAGCGUGAGAGACGCUCUCUGACACAGGGAAGUAUACAGAAAACCCGCGUGCGCUUAUUAUUUAAAUUAAUUUCUGUUCUAAUUUUCCCUUCUUUUUUGUUUUUCUACUUUUUCUUUUAAGAGUUUUUGGAAAUUGCAAUUUUGCAAAACAAACUUUAUAAUAUAUAAAUAUAUUUACAUAUAGAUAUUUUUUUUUUGUGAAACUCUCAGAAAUUUUUUAAAAAUGGUGAGGAAGAGGAAGCGGAAGAGAUUCCAUGUUUUUAAAAUAAGGUUCAUUUUCCGAGGAAUAAAAAAAAAUGUUUGGCCCCCACUUAUUCUCAAACAACGUGAGGGACUGACGAUGUGGUUUGUAUUUUCAGCGUGAAGAAGAAAGCUCGAAUCUUUUUUAUUUAUAUUUUUUAAGGACCAGAAAAAGACUCAUCUUUCUUGCAGCCAAAACUCCCAUGCCGCAGUCAUUCAUCAUCUAUCUACUAAGAAUCUAACUAAGAUCGCAAACCAUAUAGCUUCCCAAACCUCGACGUUUAGCUGGCCAACACUGGAACUUCAAGUUCAACCAACACUCUCUCAUUUCUUGAACCCUGUGCUUUCGUUGUUGUGUCUUGCUUCUUCUAGUUAACGUUGAACUUCGUACUAGAAAUCUUUUUAUUUUUUAUUUAUUUAAUUUUUUUUAAGCUCUGAUUCUCAUCUGGGUUCCUGUUGCUGAAGCUUUACGGAGCUAAAGUUUGAAUCUUUGUGCUGUUUCGUGUUUGGUUGCCUAGAAAAUCUGUUGGGCUUCUUCGUGUUCAGCUGGGUUUUAGUGCAAUGUGCGUUUCCAGAUAAUAACUCUUGAUUGAUUGUUUAAUAUGGACUCAAAUGUGCCCCCCAAAACCCCAUUUCAUUUCUUUAAUGGGCCGAUUCACCGCCGGGAAUCCCGGUUCUUCUCUGGGUGUUUAGUGGAUGCUAUGCCCAUUAUAAGCCUGCUUCUAUAAAAAAUAUAUUAUUUUGGGUUUAUAUUCUGGAAACCUGUCCAGGAAGCGUGUUGUUAGAUUUAUAUCAUUUUUAUUCCUGGGGUUUUAGAUUCUAUAAAGAAAUGGAAUUUGUUACCAAUAAACCUCUUAAACCCUCCUCAAAUAUAUCUGAAAUCGUCUCAAAGUUUGCAAAAGUAUGCAAGUUAAGAUCCAUAGGUGUGUUUCCUUCUGAAAACCCCCUUCAACAUCAGCGCCUGCACAAAAACCCCACCACCAACAAUGCUCCUUCCGGUGAGGAUAGCAGUGAUGCAACUGAGGAUACAGAGUGUGAUGGUGUGAAAAUCCAUCCACAACCCAUUGAAGCUCCGAGCAAUGGCAAUGUGUGUCUUGAUGGAGAGGUAGUGAAGUUGUUUGGCAUGGUCUCAGCUCUGAAAUCUGCUUAUGUUCAGCUUCAGGAAGCCCAUGUUCCUUAUAACACACAAAAGAUUAUAGCUGCUAAUGAACGUGUUAUGGCUCAGCUUGAAUCGCUCUACAAGAUCAAGGCUGCUUACGAGGAGAAGCAAUGCAUAAAACUCAUUUCUGGAACCUCUUCUGCUCUCCUGCAGUCAAAAAUUGAAGUGAAUGAGAGGCUGCUUGCAGAGUUGAAGUCCCAAAUGAAAGUUAAGAAUUCUGAAAUUAUGAGGUUGCUGCAGGAGCUACGGGAUUUGGAUGCCGAGAAUGCGAAACGGGCUGAGAAGAUUAGGCAGAUUAGGCUGGAAAGAAAAAGAGCAAUAGUUUUGAACAUUACCACAUUCCAGAAUGCUUUCAAAGCCACUUCAAAGUCCAUUCAUGAUUUUGCAAAGCCGUUAAUUAGCUUGAUGAAAGCUGCAGGGUGGGAUUUAGACCUGGCAGUAAAGUCAGUCGAAGAUGGAGCUGUUUAUCGGAAAAGAUCUGACAAGAAGUAUGCUUUUGAAGCCUACAUUACACGGAGAAUGUUUAGUGAGAUGUCAUUGAAAGCUUAUGACGUUGAUUGUGUCAUGAAGUUUGAUGAUCCCAUUGAUGCUUUGAUAGCAUAUCCGGAUUCAGAUUUUGCCAAAUUCUGUGGGGAAAAAUAUCUAUUGGUUGUUCAUCCAACCAUGGAAUCAUCAUUCUUUGGAAAUCUUGACCAGAGGAUGUUUGUGAUGUGUGGCAAGCAUCCAAGGACGCCAUUCUACCAGAUAUUUGCCAAAAUGGCCAAGUGGAUCUGGGUUUUACAAGGAAUUGCAGCCUCAAUAGAUCCCAAAGCAAAGGUGUUUUCAGUCAGCAGGGGAAGCAAGUUCUCAUAUGUCUACAUGGAAUCAGUGGAGGAGGACAAGGAAGAUGCAAAUCUCUUGGAUGGUCAGCUUCAACGGAUAGUUGAGUUUAUGGUCAUGCCUGGUUUUAAGAUUGGAGAGACAUUGAUGAAGUCCCGGGUUUAUCUAUCAAAACCGGAAACUUCCAACUGAUAAAUGCUAAAUAGAAUUGCUCCAACUAACUGGUAAUUUAACAGAACCUAGUUGUCUUUUUAGAUAAUGUUAAUAGUUUAGCUCUAGCUUAGUGAGAGCUUUUAUUGGAGUUUUCAACUGCAUUGUUGAGAAUGGUAACCUCGUAUCUGAGAGUUUUAUAUUUCCAAGUUAAUAUGUGGGUUUGGCAAGGCUAAUAUUUUGGUACUAGAUUGUUAAUUGCUUUUUGAAUUGUAAAUAUAUAUAUAUAUAUAUAUAUAUCUAAUUAAUGGCUCUA